AGAGUUUGUUCUAAAAAGGCAACUCAUUGGGACAUAGAUUAUUGGUUUUCUUAUGAAGGGUAGGAAGGAAAGCUAAAAAUUCUAUAAACAGGUUCAAGGAUUCCUGAAAAAAAUAGCUAGCAAUUUAAACAUGUCAUCACCAGCGGAUUCGCCUUUUUCGUUCUACCAAGAUUCCUCCCCUCCAACUCCUCUAGAAUUUCAAUAUGAUUCGGCCAUUGCAACACCACCUGAAUUUCAAUAUGAAUCGGCCAUUGCAACACCCCCAGAAUUUCAAUAUGAAUUGGCCCUGGCAACACCACCUGAAUCUCAAAAUGAAUCUCUGCCAUCGCCAUCGCCAUCACGGAUACCUUCUAAUGUAUACGACCCGGGACCGACCUUGAGGAAAAGGAGCGUAGUAUCGACGGGAACUUUGGUUGGAGUGAUUGCGGGGUGUGUGAUAGGUUUCAUACUACUUUUCAUCGUCUACUAUAGGAGGAAGAGAAGCAAACGACAUGAUGUGGUGGAGAUUUUCCACGGAGAGCCUCCAUAUGAACCCAAAGAUGAUCAAUUUAGUGGCCAACCUCAGCAUUUGCAACAAAAUUAUACUCCUCCACUGGCAGACAAAGUAGAAAUAUAUUCAAAGCCUACUGAUUUUCCAGCACCAUCUUCAAGCAGUAGCAGCUUGAGCUCUGAGAAACCACCCUCAGGACAAUCUCCUGGCAUUGCCCUUGGAUCAUCGCAAAUCACAUUUACAUAUGAAGAGUUACUGAUGGCAACAAAUGGUUUCUCCAAUGCCAAUCUCCUUGGUCAAGGAGGAUUUGGUUAUGUCCAUAAAGGUGUCCUUCCAAAUGGGAAAGUGGUUGCAAUUAAGCAGCUGAAAGCUGGGAGUGGACAAGGGGAGCGUGAAUUCCAGGCAGAGAUCGAGGUCAUUAGUCGCGUCCAUCACAGAUAUCUUGUUUCACUGGUUGGAUACUGCAUUAGCGGGGCCCAAAGGAUGCUUAUUUAUGAGUUUGUUCCAAACAAUACCUUGGAAUUUCAUCUGCAUGGAAAGGGGAGGCCAACUAUGAAUUGGCCAACAAGAUUGAAAAUUGCCCUAGGCUCUGCAAAAGGAUUGGCAUAUCUCCAUGAGGACUGUCAGCCCAAGAUCAUACACCGUGACAUCAAGGCAUCUAAUAUUCUUCUUGACCAUAACUUUGAGGCAAAGGUUGCAGAUUUUGGACUUGCCAAGGUUUCUUUAGAUACAGAUACUCAUGUCUCCACUAGGGUCAUGGGAACUUUUGGUUACUUAGCUCCUGAAUAUGCAUCUAGUGGAAAGCUCACUGAGAAGUCAGAUGUCUUCUCAUUUGGGGUUGUUCUAUUGGAGUUGAUAACUGGACGCCAACCAAUUGAUAAAACUCAAUCUUUCACUGAUGAUAGCAUGGUUGAGUGGGCAAGGCCUUUGCUUGCACAAGCAUUGGAAACAGGCAACUUUGAUGCUAUUGUUGAUGUAAGGUUGCAGAAUGACUACAACACUGGUGAAAUGGCUUGCAUGCUUGCUUGCGCUGCUGCUUGCGUACGUCAUUCUGGCCGACGUCGGCCACGAAUGAGCCAGGUAGUUCGAGCUUUGGAAGGAAAUCUUUCUCCAGAUGAGUUAAAUGAGGGAGUUAUACCGGGUCACAGUACAAUAUACAGUUCCUACGGAAGCUCAGACUACAACACUGGUGAAUACAAGGAAGACUUGCAGAAAUUCAGAAAACUAGCAUUAGAAAGCCAAGAGCAAGAGCAAGGAACUAGUGGGAUUAGUGGGCCUAGCAGUGAGUUUGAUCAGCACCAAUCUGCCUCUAGUGGUGAAGGCCAACAAACCUCCCAAGAGAUUGAACUUGGGAAAACGAAGAAAAGCACCCGUAAUUUGAGUGAAAGCUCUUGACAACUGAUCCCCAAAACCUUGGAAAAACCAAUUUCUCCUGUUCUACAUCCGAUAUCCUUCCAAACUUUCCAGAAUCACACACUAUACUGUGUCACGUUUUCAUGAAAAAACACUUCUGAUGGUACAUUUGGUAGAUCGAAUGUACAUUUUUCAGCUAGAUUAAUGAUUUUUGUGGGAGUCGCAUGCUCAGUCGUUUGAAGAAUUCGAGUGUUUCUAUACCUCCCAAGAGUUUGAUUGAAAUGUCCAUAUGAAGAAAUCUUUUUAUAUAUAUUGAAGUUAGGAACAAUUAGGAGGAAUAAUUAUGUAUGUGUUAUGGUGGAUUUUUCAUUGUUAA